AUGGCGCCGCGAAUAAACAUACCUCCUAUCACGCGAGCGAUUCUCAGUGCCAUCUGCGCUUUAUCCUUUCUAAACGGUGUGGCCAGAUGGAGACAGUAUGAAGGCUCGCCGGGCGUCCCGAUCCCUUAUCUAUCUCUGGUUCCGUCCAACGUUCUCUUUUAUCCUUGGACACUGUUGACUGCUACAUGUGUCGAGCUAAAUAUUUUCACUGUUAUCAUUACCGGAGCGACAGUGCUAUAUGGAGGGAAAUAUCUCGAGCGGGCAUGGGGAUCGCGAGAGUUUGCAAAAGUUAUCCUUGUUGUUUCACUGGUACCAAAUAUCGUCAUGACUUUUCUCUACAUCCUCUGGUCGAGUAUUGUGUCUGAUGCUAGUAUUGCUCUUAAAGGGAUAUCUGGUGGGAUAGCGAUCCAGGCGGCGUUUCUGGUGGCCUUCAAACAAUUAGUCCCUGAACACACCGUAACAAUUCUUAAGGGCAUUGUCAAAAUGCGAGUAAAGCAUUUCCCUGCUCUCUUCCUCCUCCUGAACGCCAUCGGUGGCAUCGUGCUCGGAACCGAUGUCGCUCUCAAUUUGAGCUGGCUCGGUCUAGUAUCGAGCUGGACAUACCUUCGCUUCUACAAACGCCAACCAGACCUCUCCGGCACCUCAACCAACGAACUCGGCAUAAAAGGCGAUGCCAGCGAAACCUUUGCCUUUGCCAAUUUCUUCCCAGACUCCAUACAACCACCCAUCUCAUUUGUCGCAGAUAAGAUAUACUCAAUCCUCAUUACCCUACGUAUCUGCACCCCUUUCUCGGAGGAGGAUAUCGCAUCAGGCAACGAACAAGCAAUAGCACGUGGACAAGUGGGGCUUCCAAACCUGUUGAAUAACGGCAGGAUAGGCAGCGGAAGAGGCUCGGGCUUCAGGCAGCCGCCCCAAGUAGGCCGGUUCAGCCAGCUGCCGCAAACUCUUCCCCGUCACAAAAAAUGCCCCCACGACAAUCUUACGGCCUGA